CUGUUCCUACCCCUCUGAGCCUCCAGCACGCCAAUGCCAGUGAAUACACUCUGCGGGAUGUACCCGGUGCCUCGGUCGAUGCGGAUGAGGAUAGUGUACCAUUAAAUACGCCCACCACACCGACUUACGGGUCGACAUUUGCCCAAAGGCAUCCUGAAGGACCCGCCCGACGGCCCUCAUCGAGAAGGCUUGUUCUGAAUGCAACCCUCAAGAUGGCAGCGGUGUUCAUUGUCAGCACCGUAGUUCUGGGAAGCAUACUGUGGGUGGCAUUGCCCACGCUGGAUGAGUGCGCAUUCCGAGUUCAUACAUCGCACCGGACCUUACUGUUCUCAGAGAGGAUCGGCCCAAACUUGGGAUUCCUAAAUCAUUUGCUCAGCUACAGGAUCUGAACGGCAUAUUGAAGAAAUAUCGGGACAUCUACCCCUACCGCAUAGUAAUCUGCUUCGUUGUGACUUACCUCUUCCUACAGGCAUUCUCCCUGCCCGGAUCGAUGUAUAUGUCGAUAUUAGGCGGGGCUGUGUGGGGGGUGCCCAUAGCUUUACCUCUAGUGUGCUGUUGUGUCGCGACUGGCGCGACACUGUGUUACCUGAUCUCAGAUGCUCUAGGACCAGCUCUGUUGACCUUCCCCAAAUGGAAGGCCAUGCUUGACAAGUGGGCUCGCAGGAUCCAGAAACAUCAAGAUAACAUGAUCUCGUUCUUGAUUGUGCUGCGCAUAGCACCGCUUCCCCCGCAUUGGGUUCUCAAUCUGCUUGCCCCGCACGUCGGAAUUACUAUUCCCGUCUUCUGGAUCACGACUGCCCUCGGAAUUCUAGGCGUGAGCGUCAUUCACACGACGAUUGGGGGCGGUCUCGACGAAAUGACCAGCUCAGACGAUUUCCAUCUCAUCUCGUGGAAGAACUUCUUCGGUCUCUCUGCAGUCGUCGCCGGUGCGCUGAUACCUGUCGGGCUGAGAUAUUUUUUCGGCAAACGUGCGGGUGCUGACGAUGAUAAUGUCGACGAAGCAAUCGCAGAAGAGGAAUCGGGGGAUGCUGAUGAGGAUGCCGAUGUCAAUGUCUCUGUGACGAGUCGUCCUACAUAUGAAACUACGAGGCCGGGCGAAGAUGCAGGUCAGCGCUUGUUAGACGACGAUGAGUUGGCCGAGGACUACGACGACGACGAUGAAGAUAUAAUCCUAGAAUCUGGAGCUUCGGCCCCCCUCCUCUCCAGCAGCAAUCGGCGUGAAGCUGGAGGACUCUCGAUAACAUAAUCUGCUCGUAGAGAUGUACUUACUUUCUUUUUAUCUUAUUUCCUCUUUGUGUCUGAGUGAUGGCCGGGAACUGCAAAUGGCAGUGCAAGCGAGACGCGGUGGUGACUUGCAACCUUUGUUCUCAUCUUCUCGGUCACCUUGGUCAAACUUGACGAUUCGACUGCUUCGUUGCACUCGCCCGUCCAAUCGCCCCGGCUCUUGAGUCGUGCGUGAGUCUAACAGCGACCAGACCAGAACAAACACAGCACGACACCUCGUCUUCUCACACACCACAACCUCUUCCUCCAUUUCCCUCCAACCUCGCCCCUCGCGGCCGACCCGCUAUGGCUGACCGCUACAACAUGCUCCCUGCUGGAUUUCCUCAGGGCGUUGUGCAGCAUCAACAGCUGGGACAGCAGAUGGGGCAGUCCCACCUCCAGCUCCAGCAGCAGCAGCAGGACAACCACAACCAGCCUUUUCCCGACCAGUGGCCCCAGAUGCAGCAGAUGCAGAAUCAAUUUCGACCGGGCAGCAAUCCCAUGGACCCGUCGCAUUUGAAUCCUCAGGUUGCGGAACUUAUGCGAUCACAACAAUUGAGUCGUGCUGGCCAGCAGCCCCAACCGCAGGCCCAAUUUCCUUUGCACCAAUCCUCUCCACAAUCCUUCCCCGACGGAGUGAACCAACAGCAGCCUGGUCAGUCCCACUCCAACUUCCAGAACAUGAACCCGUCCAUGCAAGCCCUCAAUAACCGCAACAACAUGAUGCAAUCCUUCCAGCAACCGAACAAUCCGGCGACCCACAGGCAACUAGAGCUUAUGGCGCUUGCCCAUAGCCAACAGCCGCAGAACGGAUCCAUGAAUUUUCCCAAUCGCAUGCAGCAUCAGGCCGCCGUAGGGGGGCAGGCGAAUGGGAUGGGCUCAGGACAGGCCCCACAAGCUGAAAGUUUCCUCUCCCCCGUCAUGCAGCCCAAUCUCGACGGGAUGCGACGCCCUUCGCCUUCAGGGCCCAUGCAGCCUGGUGUACCUCCGAAUGGCGGUGGACCCGCUCAUCCUAACCGCGCGACCUAUGCGACGUUGCAAGAGCGCGCGGCAAACCUGAAAAACAUAAUCACAAACCAGGAAAAUCAACUGGUGCAGCUAACGAGCCAACGCACGCGGAUGGGCGAUGCUUCGUUCAUGGAACGUGUUCGCGAUCUUUCUGCGGACUUGAAGAAUCGCAAGGAAUACUACGCUCGGCUGAUUCAUUUCCUAAAGCAGAUGAGCCAGCAGCAGCAGCAACUGCAAGGGCAAGUGAAUGGUCAAGGAGGUGGGAAUAUGCCGAUGAAUCAGCCACCACCUCCACCACCAGCUUGGAUGUCGAAUCCUUCGCAGCCCCAAGUGCCUUUCAAUACGCCCUCUAACUCGACGCCUCCUGGACACGGUCCCCCUGCCGGUCAUGGCUCGCCCCAGAUGCGACCAACUCCGCCUGCUGUCGGACCAGUUCCCCCGCGAGGUGGCCCGUCCAGUGCUCAGUUCCCAAAUUCGCUGGCUGCUGCCGCCGGUGAACUUCGCAUUCCGCCCCUAGAGCGGAGUCGCUUCGAACAGGUGUACAAGAACUUUUGCACCCAGCGCAAUAUUGUGCACAAUCCUCGCAUGCUUAUGAUUGAGGCACGGCAACUCGAUCUCUAUGAACUCCAUUCUCAUGUGAUGCAAGAAGGUGGUCUGCAAGCAAUAGUGCAGAAGGAACUCUGGUCGACCAUCGGUGGGCGAAUGGGCUUCGUUCAAUUCCCAGGCACCGACCAGGAGCCACCGAAGUCCGGUCCCAUGGUCGCACAGCAGCUCUUCCACAUCUAUAAAGAAUAUCUCGCUUCCUUCGACAACGUCUACAUCAGCACAGUGAUGGAAAGCCGAAGGAAAGCGGAGGCGGUCAAUGCGACCCAACGAAUUGUACCAGGCGCUGCAGGGAACGCCGGUCCUCAGCUCCCGAUCCAGCAUGUGAAUCAGCAGCAGAUGCAGAUGAUCAUGAGUUAUGCGCAUCUUUCUGCUGCUGAGCUUCGUCGGCGGAACAUCCCGGAGAACAUGAUCAUGUUUGUGGAGAAUCAUCGGGCGACUUUGGCGCGCAAUGCUGCCGAGCAAGGCAACUUCCGACAUCAGCUGGCUGGACCUCGAGAACAGACCGGAAUGAAUCCAGGAUUUCCGCCGUCCGGUGCCAUGAUGUCCGGGAAUGUCAAUCGACCUUUUCCCGGUCCGCACGGACCCAUGGCCGAGCUCAUGAAUGGGCCAGGUGGGCUUCUCGCGUCAAUAACCCGGCCAUCACGAGAAACAGUGCAGGCUGCCAUCAACACAAUCACCAAACUCAAGCAAGAGUUCAGUCCUGAGCGGAUGAUGCAAAAUGUACCACCCAUCGAGAUUCCGCCGGAACAACGGGCCGACUAUAACACCUUGCUUGAACAGCUGCACCGAGCAAGUACGGAUCUGGACCAGAAGUUACCCAUGCUCUGUGCCACGCUGAAAAGGGAGGAGAUCAUACGCAGGCUUGUCAUUAUCGUCCAAACUGCAUACCAACAACGAGCAAUGAUCUCCUCGGGCAGCACCCGCUACUUGGUGACACUGGACUCUCUGCGUCUCAUGCUGGCCCAGGUGCAGCAGAUGAACGAGAAUUUCUCGGUGAUCCUAGCGAACCUCGUGAACAAACCCGCAGGACAGGGAAAUCCAGUCCCUGGUCCGCUGCCAGGCCAGAUGCCAGGGCCGAUCCCGGGCCAAAUGCCAGCUCAAAUGCCUGGACAGAUACCAGCGCAACUGCCGGGGCAAAUCUCGGGCCAGAUGUCAGGUUCCAUGUCGGGACCCAUGCCUCCUCGGCCUGGGCCGAUUCCACCUGCAAGUGCUCCAUCAGCGGCAAGACCUAUGAACUUGCGGGACCCGCCGAUCCGCAAGACGAAGACCCCCGGUGCGCCAAGUCCUGCUGCGCCGAGUCCGACUCCUCCACCUUCAACUCCUCGUGACAUGGCUUCGCCGCAGGCGCCGAAAUCGCCAAAAGGCAAGGGCAAAAGUAAAGUAACGCCCAAGCGGAAGCCGUCGAAUGCCAAGCCUGCCUCGACUCCAGUCCCGAUGCCCGAGCCAGUCACCGCGCCAUCACCAGGGAAACGAGCCCGAGAAGAGGAUUCCUCGCCACCACAGUCGAUUCCGGGGCCCAGUUCGAUGGUCGAGCCAUCUCCUCCCAAACGGCAAAAGACGGAAUGGGAUGGACCUCCGAGCGAGUCCCUGAAGGCACGGGCCGACCAGUUCGACAAGGCCCGGACGGAGGAGGACAGUGCCACCCUCCUUGAGCAGAUGACCGAAUUGUUCAAGAUGGCUUCCGACAGUAGCGGGCAGGACUCAGGCAUCACCCGCGAUUUCUCGGAAACACUAGAUACUAUAUUUAAAGACUUUGGUGGCCCAGACGAGUUUGUCGAGUUUUUUGACUUCUCUUCGUUUGGUCCGGAUGAAGAUGCGGCCGAGUCCGAGUCCAAGGCGGCCACUCCGGAUCUGGUAUCGUCAACAUCUUCAACAAAUCCAAGCCCCGAGUCUCUCUCGGAAACGGAUCCAAAACCGGAGGAUUAUAACGAUUUUCUUCGCUUGGGAGUCUGGAAGGAAGUGGACGGCGGCGAGUCGGCACAUUUCCAUUCCGGCCAGUGGAAAUGGGACAGUCCAAUGCAAACUCUCGAGCAGCCGUGGGCUGUCCAUCCCUAG